AUGUCUUCUUCGGGAUUGCCCAACAUACCUUCGCUGCGAAAGCAACAGUUGCUACUGGAAUUUAAGAGUUUAAAGUAUGCGCCGCCUCCUGGUGUCUACGUGAGCAUCGCCAAUCCUACAGACCCAACGUUUUGGAGCGGAGUCAUAUUCAUUCGAAAAGGCCCCUAUACUUCGGCCGUCCUCCGGUUCAAUAUUAAAUUUCCUGCCUCUUACCCCGAAUUACCACCGCUUGUCACAUUUACGACCGAUAUCUUCCACCCACUCAUUGUCCCUCUAACAACGUACACGUUCACAACAGGUUCCUCAAAUGAAGCACCCGUCAGUGCAACAGACGAGGAACGACUGUCACCCGGGGCAUUCAGCCUACGCCAUGGCUUCCCUCGAUGGUUUGGUCGAGCCCAGCGAACUACAGGCAAUUCGGUGAAUGCCUCUCGAAAUGUUAGUGGAGGGAGCAUAGCAUCUGAUGAUACGACUCGCAGCGAGAUAAGUGAACAGCAAAGUCAUGAUGCGCAGAACAGCUCUCAAACACCAACUGCUGGGAAUAUAGAUGAGAGCGCUGCAAAGCCAUCAACGCGAGAAACCCUCUUGCAGACCGAGAAUACUGUUCGCAUUUCUAAAGCCCCUGCAGCAACGCCGCACGAGGAUAACGUAGCAACAGUCCACGUGCUGACAUUGCUCGGCUAUAUCCGCUCAACAUUUGAUGACGAGAAUGUACUUGACUCCCUCCCUCUUGAUGCUGCCGGAAACCCAGGCGCAUGGCAUGCUUGGAAAGCACAUCGUCGAACGGUUAAAGGUGCAGGCUUUGCAACGCCGGAUAAGAGAGGAGCCCCUCAGGCCCGUUUGCCUGGAGAGUGGAACUGGGAAGGGGUGUGGGCAAAGAGGGUCCAAAGCGGAAUCCAGGCCAGUCAGUCUGAUGCUGUAUUGUUUGCGAAUGCUUCUAGGAUGGAAACAGAAUCUAUACGAUUCGUGAAUCUGGAUUCUGCUGCCUUGAACGGCGUCAAGGAAAGGAUGAUUUCGGGACUGAAAGAAAAUCUCAACGGAUGA